GACUCGGAAAGGCUCGAGUCGUCCGGAGAGGAAAAGGGAGGCAAACUGUCUUCGUCGCGACCGAGCGGCUCGGCGGCCGGUUCGUCCGGCCAGCUGGGCAAGCACCGCUCCAAAUCCGCCCCGAGGCACACCCACCGCGGCGAGAAGCCGAAGAAGAAGGCACCCCCGUCCGUCUCCCUCAUCUCCAUUCCCAACACCAUCAAACUUUCUAUGCUCAACAGCGGCCUCCUUUCGUUUGGAAGCGAAAACAACGGAGUCCUCUCGACAAUUCCAAACAAGCCGAUUGAGCUCAAAAACUUUGUUAAACAUUGCGAACAAAGACGUAAAUUUCCAGUUUUAUACAAACUUGAAUUCCAGACGGCAGUAAAAGUGGAAACCCACUCGUGCAGACAUGCUUCCAAAGUAGCGAAUAAAUUAAAAAAUCAAAAUCCAAAAUGCAUUCCUUAUGACUACAAUCGAGUUGUUCUGGAUGCUGUACAUGACGUUCCAGAUUCUGAUUAUAUUAAUGCUUCUUAUGUAGAUAGUUUACUAACUCCAAAUGCGUACAUAGUUACUCAGGGACCAACGGAAACCACAGUGAGUGAGUUCUGGAGAAUGAUUUGGCAAGAAAAAGCAAGUUGUAUCGUUAUGCUCACAAAAACAUUUGAUUUCAUCAAGGUUAUGUGCAUUCAAUACUGGCCGUCAGCCAAAGUAAAAAGUGAAACGUACGGAGAGCUCAACAUAUCUGUGCUGCAUGAAGAAGAAUUGGCCAAUUUUCACAUAAGAACUAUUAAAGUCAUCAACAAAUUGAAUACGAGUGAAGAGGAGGAAAGGAUACUGUUACAAUUCCACUACACCGAGUGGCCCUGCCAUACGUGCCCGUUCUCCAAUGCGAUUCUGGAAUUCAGACGAAGAAUGAGGGCCGUAGUGGGAUCUCGGACAAAACAAGGAGGUCCAAUCGUUGUCCACUGCAACGAUGGAGGAGGACGGUCCGGUGUUUAUCUAGCUAUAGACGCCAACUUGGAACUGGCAGAAGAAGAAGAUUGUUUCGACGUUUUCGGAUAUUUGAAAAUGUUGAGACAAUCUAGAAAAGGAAUGAUAGAAACUCUUGAUCAAUAUAAGUUUGUGUAUGAUACGCUAGAAGAAUUUAUCGUUUGUGGUAUCACAUGGUUUCCGGUGAAAGAACUGUCUCAACGUCUCAAACAGAAGUCGUUGAAAAAUGCUACUACAAAAAUGAACGAAUAUCAAAGAGAAUACCAGCUAAUAUGUAAACAAACUCCUAGGUUUACAAUUGGAGAUUGUGCAGGAGGUCAUAGAGGGGAUAACCGAGAAAAAAAUCGUGAUGUUCUUAUUGUACCCCCUGACAAUUUUAGACCAUACCUGACAUCCUUUCAAGGGAACAGUUUUACCGAUUACAUAAAUGCUGUGUUUGUGGAUGGUUACACAAAACCUCGUGAGUACAUUGUUACAGAGUGGCCCUUGAAACAUACUCCAGGAGAAUUUUGGUCACUUGUUUAUGACUACGAGUGCUCUGCAGUAGUCGUCCUCUGCAUUCCUCCACACGGAUCACAACACUACCAAGCUUUCUGGCCAGAAGGUCGUCAUUCCAAGAAAUAUGGGCCAGUGUUUACAAUAGACCACAUAUCUCACAACCACUAUACCAAUAUAAAAACAUGGUUGUUGAGAAUAAACAAAAAGAUAGUAUCGCUUACUGAACUUAUGGCUGGUGUGAAAGCUCCCCCGAGAACGGUCCAGUUAUUUCAACUUACAUGUUGGCCCAUGGGUCACAGAGUGCCAACGUCGACAAAUUCUCUUGUUGAGUUAAUGAACAUGGUGGAAAGAUGGAGGCAGAGGACAGAUUACGGGCCUGUUGUAGUUGUUUCGCCAGAUGGCACUGGAAGGUGUGGAGUAUACUGUGCAGCUAAUGCUUGCAUCGAGCAAGUGAUACAACAUGGAGAAGUUGAUAUUUUCCAAGCAGUUAAAGCAGUCCGCAGGCAUAGACCUCAACUGAUUGAAAACAUGACUGAAUACAAAUAUUGCUAUGAUCUGGUUCUGCAUUACGUCCUGCAUUAUCUCAACAAAGACUUGAAGGAAAAGAAAUAAUCUUCAAUACCAAGAAGAUGUUGGAAUCAUAAUUUAUGCCGUUCAGUCGAAAGGAUCGUCGUCCAGGGAUUGUACUGAACAUAUGGACGAUUGUGGAAAAAAACGGAGACAAAGAUUUAGAGAUUUCUCUGUCAACUUUUGAGCAGGGAAAUGUAUCGUCAUCGCAAUAAUUGUGAUUUUGUGGAAGUUUUUUUUUCUUGCGUUUGCCUAAAAUUGGUAUAAAACGUGAUUUUGAACAUGCUAGGCACUGGAGACUCACAUAAUCUUUAAAAAAAAAAAACUAUUUUAUUUCUUAGAAAUAAAUGGGAAUAUGCUUCAUAAAAUAAAAUUUAAAAAUGUACUCAAAGAAUUUUGUUUUUAAACUGGUAAUGCUCCAUUUAAAAUGAAAGCAUUACAUAGUAACAGAAUAUUUUUAAUUUAAAAGAAAGAUAUUUUAUUUGAUAGUUUAUUUUUAGUUUUACAUAAGUUAUAAUUGGUUGAAAUUCCUAGAAGAAAAGCAUAACUGUCCAGUGUGUUGCUUCACACAAACGCACAAAAUACAAAACAGAAGAAAAUUACAUUUGUUUGUACAAAAUUGUCAUUUGUUUCAUGACAUUUGACUUAUAUUUAAUUCAAAAUAAAAGUUAAUGGGCACAAUUUAAAGAACCAAUUGUGAUUUUUCUUAUUAUUAUGUAUCUAUAAAGUAACGGAGUGAUGGAACAAAAUUGGAUUUUUUUCUCAUAAAAGUAUCGAAUGUCAAGAAAAAAUUGAUAACUAUUUCAGAAAGAGUGGCUGUUGAUUAUAUUUAGAAAUUAUUAAAUCCUCCCCUAAAUAAUUGACAUAUUAUCAAUAUUUCCCAAAUUUAUAAUAUGAAAUUUUUCAAGUUUUGAUCUAUAUUAUGUUUUUGUAUUUUAACUUUCUUAUAGCAAAGGUCUUACCCAGUGGAAAUUGCUACUGCAAUGUUUUAGAUGUUUAUUUUUGAAUAUUACAUACAUGGACUGUUUUGUUGUUGAACAACAGUUUUUGGGUUAACAAAUUGAUUACAUAUUUGGUUGGUUUUUUUUACAAUAAAAUUAAGAUACUUGUUUUAGCCCAAAAAAAAGAA